AAAUACAUUUUGUAAAUUGAAUGAAUCAAAUUUGAAAAUAAUCUCGUGAAAGGAAAUGAUAAUAAUAAUCCUCCUUUUAUUUUCUUUUUUUGAAGUCAGUACAUUAACGAGAUGCAACAGUACAAAUGGAAUAGAAUGCUGCGAUGACCAUAUCUGGAAUAUCACAGCCAAACAAUGCAUACCUUGCAGCCCUGGAUAUGUUGGGAGGAAUUGCACUGUGAUGUGUCCAUAUCCUCUCUACGGGUUUCUAUGUAACUCUAAAUGUGACUGUUCGGAAGGCCUUUGUAACAGAGUGACUGGGUGUCCCUUCUAUAACGGAUCAGUUUCAGAUGGUUUUCAGAGUGAUAUAGGACAUGGUGCAAGUGUUCAGUUACAAGAGACGACGACGGCAAUCCUUAACGGUACCGAUCUGUGUACAACUGUAGAUUUAAACACAACGUUUUCCCCGAAUUCACAAAACUACAUCAACAAAAUAUUGUUGAAAUUGAUAAGGGGACUUGGUUCAUUUUGUGCCCUUUCGUAUACAGUGUAUUUUAUUAUCUUUGUAUACGAUAUCAACAGAAACAGGCAAAUAUCACAACAAAACAGGGGUUCAACUGAAAAUAUUCCAGUUGAGGCAAUUCAGUCCUAUCCUAAUAAUGAAUACUACAGGGUUAUCUAAAAUAUAUGACACUAUUUUGAAAAAUAUGCAUAUUUCUCAAGCCAUUCAGAACUAAAAUCUUUAAAAUAAACAUCGAAAAUAUAUCAAAUUGAGGGUGAAAUGGCUGAACUUUAUUUAUAAAAUACAAUUUAUAUCUAAUUUCAGACAAUUUAUCCAAAAUAAUUCAACAAUUGAAGGUUGUACUGAAUUUUAUGAAUUGAAUCAAUCAAGUUUCUUUGAACUUGUAUAUUUUAUAUGCAUAAUUACUCUGAUGGAAUUCCGCUAGAUUUUUCAUUCGUAAAAAUGUCAGUCCUAAAAACACCACAGUUGCCAGAAGGAUAUGAUGUUUUUCAAGAAAGCUGCUUGACAUCAGAAAAAAAAUCAACAAUGACUAUUGUGAAGAUUUUCUGCAUUCUGUAGUUUAUUAUACAAUGUAUAACAUUUUUGAAGAAGUAUUCCCAUUAUAUCACAAAUAUAAUAUUUUUAUCCAUAUGCCCUGAAAAACUGCCGAAUCACGCCGGAUAUAGUUAUAUUCCACCGGAAACAGUUAUAUUGCCCUCCCGAACACAGUUAUGUUCCCUCGUGUGCAAU